AGGGUGUAGCUGAGUGCAACACACGGGGACACAGGAUUUGCUGUGCUGAUUUCGAGAGCUGGCCGCCGCUACAGCUGGGAUAUCGUGGCUCCGAAGGAUGGCGACUACUUUCACCACUCACAGGCAGCCCCUGGAGUACCUGGGCGGCGUCCGGCGGUUCCCCGUGCCGGAAGACAAGACCCCCUGGUCCGUGGACUACCCCGGAUACCACCCCGUGGACUACACGGCACCUCGCGUCCUCUCCCGUCCCGUUUGGGCAGACCCCGACAUCAGGAAGGAGGAGGAGCCGGAAAAACCGCUGCAGUUCAACUCAUUGGACGGUAAAGUGGACAGAAAGAGUCACAUGGGCACCUACCAGAUAAUGGACAAAGUUCCCAGGAACCCAGUGGGUCGGACAGGGAUGAUCGGGAGGGGUCUGCUCGGGAGGUGGGGACCCAAUCAUGCAGCUGACCCUGUCGUCACCAGGUGGAAGAGAGAUGGGAGUGGAGCUAGAGUGGAGAGAGAGGGAAAGCCAGUGUUGGAGUUUGUGGCUGUCAGAAGAGGAGACACUGGAGCCUGGGCCAUCCCUGGAGGUAUGGUGGAGGCAGGAGACACGGUGUCGGCCACACUCAAGAAGGAGUUUGGAGAAGAAGCGCUCAACUCCCUCGAGGCCACGGACGAGGAGAAGAGAAAGAUUGAAGAGCACAUCAACCACCUCUUCAAGUCUGGAGACAAGGCAUGAAUAUAUUACCUCAAGAUGCCAGUUUGAGUGUAUUAAGUCUGUGAAUACGCUAUUUUACUAUUAAAUUUUGCCUCCCCAAUGUACGUAGUUGUAUGCAGGGUAUGUAGAUGAUCCUCGGAACACAGACAAUGCCUGGAUGGAGACAGUUGUCUUUAACUUUCAUGACGACUCAGGUGAGGGUUUCAGUAAGCUGAAUCUGGUUGCCGGGGACGACGCGGCUGCCGUGGCGUGGACGGAGGUCCACUCUGGUCUCGGUCUCUACGCCAGCCACUCCCACUUCGUCCGCCUCGCUGUGGAGCACCGGAAAGCCGCCUGGUAGCACAGUGGGACACUAGACUUGGCCUAUUUGUAAACUACACCCUAGUGGCAUGCAAAGCAAGCCUAUAUACCUAGUUUUUCCUUUUUUAUAAACGGCUGUACCUGGAUAGUGCCGUGUGACCUGUUCUCUUAUUUGGCAAAAGUGAUCUGAAUUUAUUUUUGGAAGGGA